AUCGUCAUUCCCCCUAACUUCGUGACUACCGGAAGUUCGUGACUUUUUUGUAAACGAAUCCAGUGAAAUCACGCGCGCACCUGCGAGAUGUAAACAACUGUACGUAACUAGGUCAUGUCGUCACAAAUGUCAUCGUGAUAUUUAUAUGCCAAAAUGCGCUUUAAACAGGCAAAGCCUGUGCAUUUGAAGGCCAAGUACAGAUCAUAUUCACCCACAGCCUUGCAAAAUGCAUACAAGUCUGUUGUUGAAAGUGGAACACCUGUUCUCAGGGCUAGUAAAUUAUUUGGUGUGCCUCAACAAACUUUAAGAGACAGAGUGUUAGGAAAGAUAGACCCUGAAUGUAUCACUACUGGAAGAGAACCUGUUUUGAAUAUGUUUGAAGAGGCCAAAAUUGUACAGCAUAUUAAAACUAUGGCUAAUUAUGGUUAUGGUUACACCAUGCAAGAGUGUGUAGACAUUGCAACUGAGUAUGCAGUUAGUGUUGGUAAAAGAACCAGAGACAAUCCAUUGACAUUAAGGUGGAUGGAUGGAUUUCGUAAACGUUGGCCGGAAGUGAAAGUUUCAAAUCCCAGAAGUAUUGAACAUGUUAGAGCUAAAAUGACAAGUGAAGCAACAGUCAAUGCUUACUUCAGUAAUUUACUUACUACUCUCACAAAGAAUGAUUUACUUGAUAAACCACAUAGAAUAUUUAAUGUGGAUGAGAAGGGAAUUUCACUUAAUCAUAAGCCCCCUCACAUUGUUUCAUGUUCUACUGGUCCACCUGCUGUGACUACUGGAAAAAGUAAAACUAUAACUAUUUUAGGUUGUGGUAGUGCUGGUGGUAUUGCUAUUCCACCGUAUUUUGUUUUUCCGGGUAAGCGUAUGCUCCCAGAGUUACUAGAAGGUUCUUCUCCAGGUGCAAGUGGGACUGUAAGUGAUUCAGGUUGGUCUAACAGUGCAAUAUUUAGGACUUACCUUGAGGAGCAUUUUAUUAAGUACUUACCUGGUGGUACUGCAGAGCCUGUUUUACUUCUCCUUGAUGGCCACAAGUCUCAUGUCUCUGUAGACUUGGUAGAAUGGGCUAAGAGUCAAAAUAUUAUAAUAUUUGUUCUUCCAGCCCACACCUCACAUAUCUUACAGCCCCUAGAUGUAGCUGUUUUUGGUCCAUUCCAGAAGAUAUAUAACAAUGAGUGUCAUAAGUUCAUGCGCAUGAAUUCUACCAAUAUCACAAGGUACAAUGUCUGUCAACUGGCAUGUAGGGCUUAUACAAAAUCACUUUCCAGUGAAAAUCUUCAGUCAGCUUUCAAGAAGACUGGAAUAUGUCCAUUUGACAAAUUUGCUGUACCUCAGGAGAGUCUUGUUCCAGCAGUAGUAUUUCAAGAUAUUGAUAUGGCUGAAUGUACUGAUACAGAUAGUCAGGCUACUGUUGAAGGGGGUAUUGUAGUGGAUAAGGAUGCAUCUGGGGAUUUUUUAUUGGAAAGGGAGAUGACUUUGAGGAAGGUGAAGAGUGAGAAACCAAAGCAAAAGGUUAGGAAUACCAUGAGUAGAAUUGUCUCAGGGAAGGAUCUAUCAGCUAAGUCUGUUCUUGAUUCUAUGAAACAACAUGAAAUAAAUCAGAAAGGUCAUAAAAAAUCAACUUCAAAAAAGGGUAGUAAAUCAUUCAAAAUUAAAAAAAGUGUCAUGCAUGCUCAGAUGGAUAAUGAACCUCAGCCUGGCCCUUCCCAUAUAACAGUAAAUGCAAGUAUAUCUUCAGACUCUGACACAGAAACAAUUAUUGACAGUGAAGUCUGCUGUGUUUGUAGUAACUUUGAGCCUGUUGGUCUGGCUAAAAAGAAAUCUGUAACAUUUGUACAGUGGGCACAGUGUGAUGGUAUCAAAAACCAUGUCCCAUGUAAGCACUGGACUCAUCUGGGAUUCUGUACCAAUAAAAAAAGUGUUGAUAAAACAGAAAAAUUCUUCUGUCCUCACUGCUCUUCUAGACAUGAAGAGUAAUUGACUGAAACACACAAUAAAAUAAAUAUAGUUAACAAGUUUUGACAGUUACUGUUAUUUAGUUAAAUUUAUUAACUGUUGUAAUUUUUUAACAAACUCACUGAAAAACACUGAAUUAGUGUACUGUGGCCUAUCAAGGGAGACUACUCUACAUGUCACGAAGUUAGGGGGAAAAUUUGAAUUCAAUAUGGCGGAUGAUGACCUAGUUUAAAAUGAAAUUGAAUAUGUUUUGAAAAAUGCUGCUUGUUAAUAAUUGGACUUUAUGGAAGAAAAUACAUUAUUUUAACAGGUUAGUGUACAAGUUUGAUUAUAUAUCUGUUAUUUAUUUAUUUAUUUAUCAUUAUGCGCUUAUGGUCACGAACUUCCGGUGGGCUAGGA